AUGGCAAGUCGCCCGCAUCCUCACGUUAGAAUACCAACCCCCGGUGCUGUUCCUCCAGCCGUCGAUGUGUCCCCGUCUUCCUCCUGGUCCCAUCUUCUGCAAUCUCCGCCACAGAAUGCUCGGAAUACAUACGCAGACCUAAACUCUUUCACCUCCUCCUUGCUGCGCAGUGGCACUUCAGCACCUCGCAUUAGUCUUGACGCUCCAUCUCGACCGCACAGUCGCGCCUCCAGCACCUUUCAGCCCGAUACCACCACUAUGGCUUUCCCUGAGCCGCAAUUAUUCCGAUCCUCAUCUCAAAGCUCUUCUGUCCACCCGAACUCGUUCCUCUCCCACAGUAUCGCGAGGAGCGAAGACUUACUUAGUCCCGAUUUCUCUCCAUUAUACAGCGGGUCAAGACCCCCUUCCUUCAUCUCCAUCGACAGUAGCCCAGAUCUGUCACCCAGCGUUCUCUCGGAGGAACUAUCGAAUCAGACCCUUGAAUCUGAAGAGGGUCUGCGCCGCUUUCAAUCCGGCGAUCUCCCAGAAAACGAUGAAGAAUGGUAUCGUCUCGUUCCGGCGGAGGCACGAGAAGUCCUUGGAAAGAUCGAGGUUCAACGACAAUCCAACCUUUUCGAGAUCAUAAAGUCCGAGAGAGACUAUGUCAAAGACCUCAACCUUCUGAAGGAGGUCUUCAUUGAGCCUCUCGGGUACACUCCCACGAUCUCAAAAUCUCGUUCGAAAGAUUUCGUGAAAGGCGUGUUCUCCAAUCUCGACCAAAUCCUUGCCCAUCACACUCGUAUGCUGGAUGCUCUGUUCGUUCGACAACGCGAACAACACCCUCUGAUUCAGAGCCUCGCAGACAUAAUUCUUGAUGCCUGCGUGCAUUUUCAGGAAGAGUACAAGGAAUACAUCGAACACUACCCUCUGGCUGAAGCUCGUCACCGGGACGAGAUGAGGCGCAACCAGAGAUAUAACGAUUACAUACAACAGUGCUCGCUGGAUCCUCGCACGCGCAAGCGCGACCUCAUCACAUUCAUUACGCGCCCUGUCACCCGUCUUCCCCGCCUCAGACUACAGUUGGACACAUUGAGUAAACACACAAUGGCAGACCACCCCGACGCGGAGCAGUUACCUCUUAUCAUGGAUACGCUAAGUCUCGUACUUGACAGCAUCCAGCCGGGAAUUGCUGAUGCAGAAGACAAAGUUAAGUACUGGAAUUUAUGCGAGAGCUUGAUGUAUGACAAAGGAGAGAUAAUCGAUUUGGAUUUAUAUGGCGACAACCGGACGUUGGUCCAUUCUGGUCCACUGGCACGAAAGUAUAGAUCUGAAGUGAGCUACAACUGGGCUGACCUGCACGUAGCUUUACUGGAUAAUUAUUUACUGCAACUGAAACCUGAGACUCGUUCGGAUGGAAGAGUCAAGCGCCGUGUUGUCUCUCGGCCAAUACCUCUAGAAUAUCUCCGGCUUGAUAAGUUCGACGGUCCAACUGAUAAUCGCAAGGAGAAGCAGGACGAAGGGAGACUGUUCGAGGGCUUCCGCUCACACAGUCGCGAGAUGUACCCCUUCACUAUAUCCCACGCUUCUUCAAAGAGCUACACUUUGUAUACGACAAACAAUGAAGAGCGCAAAGAAUGGCGGGACUCACUAAUCAAUGCUGUUGCUAUAAGAAGGGCGAAGCAGGAUGGGAACAAGUGGUUUGCAUCACAAGUCGUGAGCGACGGCUUCUUCAGACUCACCCCUACAAAUGGAGUGUUUACCGGGAAAAUACUCUCUGCAGUACCUUUUGUCAGUGGCGGUAAGAACUACACCGCUGUUGGAUGCUCUUCGGGUGUGUACAUUGCGCGGCGUGGCGUUGCAGAUUUCAAGAAAAUCUUGGACAAACCGAACACCGUAGGCAUGGCAGCUCUCCCAGACUUCAACAAAUUCAUCGUUCAUUGUGACGUCGGCUUGCUCUCCUAUUCCCUUGAACUCCUUGUGCGUGUCGCAACUGGGGCUUCUCCCCUAGAGAAUCUAGAUGCAAGCUUGGAGCGCGUAUCGCCUGAUAGCACGGUAUUGUUCUUUCGUGCUGGUCAGAUGGAGUACAGACGUGGCGACCAGUUAGUGAGUCGCACCAUGGUGCUUUAUACCUCGAGGUGGUUCCUGCAAUUCAGCGUCAAUGCAGUGGAGGUAGUACGCCCGUUGGAGCACAGCUCGGGUGUACCUCGUACCAGCAGCGUGGGCUUGCCAUCCCUCUCGUUUCGGCCCUUUGGCGAUGCAGUCUACAUCUCCAAGGAGCCUCACAACAUCGUAGCGCUGAACCAGAAGGUUGGCGUGUGCACGGACAGAAACAUCACCCUCCUAGAUCCCACGAAUUUGAACACGUCGAGUCUGGCUCCAACAGUAAUGCCCAAUUUUGCGGGAGCAGACGCCGCAUUGACACUGGAUAUCCUGAAGAGCCGGUCCUCCGGAAAGAAAGUGUUGGGACUGGUGCCUUGUGGGGACGAGACACUUGUAGUAUUUGAUGAGCUUGGAUGCUACGUCGACAAGCACGGCAUCCCUUGCCGCAAGUAUGGUUAUCUCCGUUGGGAAUCCAAAGCGACUUCCUAUGCACACCGUGGCAGACACCUUCUUCUCUUCUGUUCCAAGUUCAUCGAGGUUCGCACGGUCGACAAGGGCAAACUUGUACAAGUGAUUGAGGGGGAGGAUGUGCGGCUCGUGCAUACAGGGUUACUACCAGAAGACAAGACCACGCUGUUUGCGAUGAAAGGAAGAGAUCAUCGAGGUGCUGUGGUCGACAAGCUUGUUGAGCUGGUGGAAACGUCACCUCUCAUAUCGGAGCGACCGCUAGAGAAUUGGGACGAUUUCUCAUAG